AUGCUGAUGCUCGCGGAAUCCGAUUGCGGGCAAGCUCGUAAAGCCCUGGUCAAUGCGAAUCAACGAGAUACUCGACACGCCGAAAGUGGGAACUGUCGCGGUUCCGCAGCAGCUCCUCCGAAGAAGAUAAUCGAAAAAAGCAGCAAUAUCGCGCAGAAAGCGGCCGCAGAAGCAAAGGCCGCGUCCGAAGCUCAGAAUAUCGCUGGUCAGCAAGCGGCGCGUCAAGUGAAGGCGCAAUUGGCGGAGAAGGCGGCUCAAGCAGCAAAAGCCGCUGAGGCGGUCUUAUCAGGCAAGGAAGCAGUAGUCGAGCAGUUGCGGGAGGAGGUGAAGGAGGCUCGAUCGGUGGUCCAGGAAGAGACGUCCUCCCUGCAACAGGCACAGACUAACGUCAACGCUGCGAUCCAAGCGGCGCGGCAGUCUCAGGAUCAGUUGAGGACAUUGACGAACGCGAUGCGUACGGCAAAGUCGAACGCAGCGAACGCGCAGGCAGCUGCGAGCGGGGCGCAGAAGUCGCUGAGGGAGAAGGAAGAGCUGCUGGAGGCAGCCAAAAGGCGAGUGGACGAGCUGUCGAAUCAGUUGCAGAUCGCUCGGCAAGAUCUCGCGAAUACAAAUCGCGCGGCGGCCAAAGCAAACGCCGCUGCGCAGGAGGCAAAGGCGAACGCGGCUAGGAACAAAAGGAGAUUGGCGAGCUUGAGGAGAUUGCGCGCCGCGCGACCGGCGCGGGUCACUUCUUGA